AUGAAUCCGAUCACCCGUCGUCCUGGUCCUGGAAGAGGUCGGCCCAGGAAACAGCCUCCUGUUCCUGUUCCAGGAGCUGGAGAAAUCCCCACCGAUCAGCCCAUGCCGGUUGGUAUCGCUCCUGGGCACAACCCCAUAGCUCCCUACCCCCAUCCUCAUCCUCAUCCCCAGGCAGUCCAAUCUUAUGGUGUGCCUCCUGGCAAUCACCAAGCUGGCGCUCAUCUACCAGCCCAACCUGCUGCACAGCCUGGCAACAUCUCUCCUGCGAUUCCUACUCAACAACUUCCUCCCCCCAGCAACGUACCUCAUGUUCAGGGUCCGAUAACUUACCCAAGUCCCCCUCGUGCCCCUGACAAUCCCCAGGCGCCUGCUCAUCUUCAUCCUCUUCAGCAUGCACAAUCCGGUCAACCUGGCCAGCAGCCUCAACCAGAGCAGCAACCUCCGCCUGGCCAACAGCUCCAGUCAGAGUUUCAACCUCAACCUGAUCAACGGGACGAACCUGAAGAGGCUUCGCAGCCAACUGCACAGCCUCAGCCGGAGCAGGAAAACUCACCUGAAUACCAAUCUCAGGAUGUCUCCCAGGAAGCCCCUCGAGAGGCCCGUGAACCAACCGAUGCAAGUGCUGCAUCUCAACAUGCACCUGUUGAGCAGAACAAUGAGGACUCUCAAGCUGCUUUAACCUCGGAGCAUCUGCAACAUCCCAACGAGGAUAUUGAUGCUGAUGGCGAUGCAGAUGGCGACGCCGAUGCUGAUGUUGACGCUGACGGCGAAGCGGAUGUCGAUAAUGAUGAGCCGGCCGCUAAACGGCCACGGCUAAGUUCGCCUGAACCCCCCAAGGAUACCGAUAUGGAUGAUGAAGCUGUCUUGGCCCUGGCAGCUCAUAAUGGGUCUACAGACUUUGCUUCCGAGUAA